AUGAUGACCUUUGAGGUGCUUGAGAGUAGCAUUGAGCCAGCGCCAGAAAUUGAGACAACUCCAGAAGAAAACUCAACGUCAGAGAAUGCCAUUCUCACACUGCCCCAUAGUGUGCCCGAUGCUUGCGAGCAGGACGACGUGGAGGAGCAAGAGACUGAGGAGAGAGGAGACGCGGAGGAAGAUGAUGAGUCCCAGCGCUCAAUGUUCACUGAUUGCAGGGUUGACACAAAGCAGGAUGUCCAAGGCCAAGGGACAGGGAAUGAAGAAGUGAAUGAAGAGCUUGCAGGUGCUAAGGAGACAUUGCCAGCCGGUGAGAGACGCAUCAGUUCAGGAUCCGCGCGUUCAGGCGCGACCGAAGAGGAGGACAUGCCACGGAGGCUUGGAGCACACGGACCCUUGGAGUCAACUCCCAAGAAGGCGAGAACCAUCUGCGCUGUCUCACCUCAGACUGGGGAGAAGGUGUGGGAUGUGGCAUUCGGAGCGCCGGUUGUCUACAAAGCCGCUCCACCAGAACUACAGCGUCAGCUGAGAAGCAGACUCAGCCUGGAAACACCGGGUGGAAGCGGCCUUGCAGGAGCUCUACCUGGAUCACUUGGGUUCGAUCGGCUCUCACCUCCUCCGCUCGCGGCUGCAGAUCGACGCCCCAGUGGCCAAGGCUUCUUGGCGGUUCCGAUCAAAGGGCCAAGCGAAGCCACCGGCAGCACUGGUCAAUGGAGUGGCUCAGGCCAAUCAUUGCGGUCUUGGAGACAAGAUGCCUGGAAGCGGGACGAUUGGAAUGAUUGGAAAGAACAGAAGGAGUGGUCCUCGUGGUCUACGAGCAAAGAAUCCUGGCCUCAACAAAAGAAAGAAGCUUGGAAUCCAAAGCGCUGGGGCAGGAGUCGAGGCUCCUGGUCCUGA